AUGAAUGAUUAUUUAUGUGGACAAAUUGAUCUUUUGAGGAUGUGUUUACCUGAUGAAUCAGGCGAUACACCAAAAUCUGAACUUCAAAAUAUUAAAAAUUACAAUAAGUACUGCCCUAAUGGAGACUGUAAUAGUGAAAUAGAUCAAAUUACGAUUGGAUUUUUAUGGUUACUUGGACAAUAUUUUACUGAAUACCCAACUAAAGAUGGUGUUAUAAACUAUAAUAAACCAUUUUUUCUAUAUAUUAUUUUAUGGUUAAGUUACAAAUUAAAUCAAAACACAGAGGAAAAUUUCACCAAAAUAAACGAUUUUUAUGAUAAAUAUGUAAAAAAUAGUAAUAAAUAUAGUAAUUUUAAAGAUGGCGCCUAUAAAAUUUUAGGUCUUGGGGAAUUCAUGAAUAAACAUAAAGAUUUGUUAGAUAUUGAUAUUAAAGAUCUUUCUAAAUUUUAUGAUGCAUCCAAAUUAAUAUGUAGUAUGUAUAGUAAUGUUGCACAAAGUCAAACAAGCGAAACACUGUCAAAUGAUGCUACUAGUUUUGUUCAAAAAUAUAUAGAUCUAAGCAAUAAAUAUAAUAAUGAAAGUGCUCUAAAUCUUCAAAUAUUACCCGCUUUAUUAACUGAUUAUAAUAAUUUAAAUAAGAAAUGUCGCAAUAUUCCACCUUUUUCAGAGAUAGAAUCAAAAUUUUCUGCACUAGCAUCUGAAGAUACAUCAAGUUCGUCGAUAGGAAACAGAUUCUUUACAGUUUUAUCGAUAUUUGGUGCAAUAGCACUUUUUUUAGGAAUUUCUUACAAGUAUUCGUUGUUUGGAUUUCGGAAACGAUUUCAAAAACAAAAAUUAAGAGAAAAAAUAAAAAAUAUAAAGAAGAAAAUGAAUCAUUAA